GUUAGUAGUACCGAAAGCACUAAGCAGCAACUCAAGCUCUCACUCACGCACCGGUUCGAGCGCUCUUUGCUGAAAUAAAUCUUUUUAAGAGCGCGAAAAAUCAAAUCAAUCCGUUGCUGCUACUGCUGCUGCUGCUCUCAUUUUUUUUUCUUGUAGGGUUUUGAUUUCAUUCCUCUGAAGCUCUUAAUCCCUCCCAAUGUCGAACCCUAAUUCUGUAGAUUCCUUCCUCUGGUGGGAUCCUUUCACUUCUCUUCUCACUGAACUCGAAAACGCUCCUCUUUCUUCCGACCUCCCUCCAUCCAUAGCGAAGAAGUUGAAGGAUAAUCAUUCGUGGUUCGUGGAUACCGUGUCUCUCUUCAAGCCUCCAAAUGCAAAGUCAAGAGAGGUUUUGAAUUCGCAGCAAGUGAAAAUCGGCUGUCAUGAAUUGACAAUCAAGCCUGAAUUGAAAGAUAAAGCUUUGCAAAUUAGUUCCUAUUUGGGUUUAGAUGAGGUGCAGUCGUAUAUUCUUGUGGAAAGAUCUCUUGAAAGCAAUGGCUUAGCUGUUGAUUCCAUAGUUGAAGAAUAUCUCCAUGUGAUAUUGCUUCAGUACUACAUUGAGCGUCAGUGCUUAUUGAAGUGUACCAGGCAGAUUCUCAUGCAUGCUUUAUAUGUCGGGAUUAGCUCAAAAGGAGAAAAUUUUGUUAGAGAUGAGGCGGUGAAGCUGAUUUCUGAUGGAUUGGAACAAAGAUUAGUCUCUUCUCUGCAGGACCUUUUAUCCUCUAGUCAUCCCAAGGAAAUGGAUUUAGAUCUUUUCACUUUGUGGGCUGAGGAGACACUGAUUGAAGACAAUUUGGUUUUAGAAAUUCUCUUCCUCAUAUAUUAUGAAUCACUUUGUACUUGUAACGGUGAAACGUGGAAAAAGCUAUGCUCAAUUUACAAGGGGAUCUUAUUUGGCUCUUACAAUUUUGGAAAGCUGGCAAUAUCAACCGAAGCGCUAAAGCAUUCAUAUCAUGCCAUAGUCCAGUUACUGCUCAUCCUUAUGGAAACCUUGGACCUAGAAAAUCUACUUCAACUGGUCCAUGAUGAAAUUCCUUUCAGGCCAGGUGCUUCCAUAUUUUCCUUAACUGAUAUUCAAGAGAUGGAUGCAUUGAUAUCAAGUUUUAAUGCUUUUGAAAUGAAAGAAGCUGGUCCAUUAAUACUUACAUGGGCAGUAUGUCUUUGUCUAAUUUCAUCACUUCCUGGAAAAGAAGAAAAUAAUUUGCUGAUGGAGAUUGAUCAUGUUGGUUAUCUUCGUCAAGCAUUUGAAAGUGGAUCACUAAAUUAUUUUGUUGAAAUUCUUGAUAGCAGCUUGCUGAAGGAGUCUGAUGGGCCUAUUGCUGGUUAUCGAAGUGUUUUGAGAACCUUUGUUUCAGCAUUUAUUGCAUCUUAUGAGAUUAAUCUUCAGUUAGAAGACAGAACCCUUAAUCUCAUAUUAGAUAUUCUACGCAAAAUUUAUCGAGGAGAGGAAUCACUUUGUAGUCAAUUUUGGGACAAGGAAAGUUUUAUCGAUGGUCCUAUUCGGUGUCUUCUUUGCAACUUAGAGGGUGAAUUUCCCUUCAGGACUGCAGAACUGAUUAGCCUUUUAUCGUCCCUUAGUGAAGGAUGUUGGCCCUCUGAAUGUGUGUAUAACUUUCUUGAUAAGUCUGUUGGUAUAUCGUCCCUGUUUGAAAUUACCAACGAAUGCUGGUUAGACAACGUCUUACAAAUUGUUGAAACUAACCAUCCUUUGCACGUUCCUGGGGUGGAAGGUUUGCUAAUACCAAGUAAAACGCGUGGUCAUGUCUUGAAGGUUAUUGGUGGAAAUACUGCUCUUGUACGUUGGGAGUAUAUGCAAUCUGGGCUGCUGAUCCUGCUUCUGCGUUUGGCCCAAGAGCAGUAUGUGGAGAGCAAUGAGGAAAUUUUUCUCAUACUUGACCUUCUUAGCCGAAUGGUGUCUUUUAACGCGGCUGUAACUUUUUCUUUGAUGGACAUUGGUAACUCAUUAUCUAUUAAAGAGUUUGGUACAAACAUGCUGGUAGAAAGGAGUUUGUGGGUGGUUGAGAUUAUUUGUGCAGUGGUAAAAAGGUUGUCUCCUAGUUCUGGUGGUGCUGCAUUGAUGUCGAUGGGUGUCAAUAUUUUGGCAAAAAUGAUGAAAUGUGCGCCAUCCCAUGUUGCUGCUGUUGCUUUGAAAACAAAUAUAUUUGAGAUGGCUUUAAAAUCAAGCAUGUUCGAUGUUGGAAAAGAUGGCUUAUCAAGUGGAUCGUGGUUUCUUUCUGGAAAACUGGCAAAGAUGCUUUUGAUAGACUCUGAGCUAAAUGAUUAUGAGAACCCAUUAACAAUAUCAGUGCUGGAGUUUACCAUGCAGCUGGUAGAGACUAGAUUAGAAAAUGAUCUUGUUCUCGCAUUAGUUAUUUUUGCUAUGCAGUAUAUUCUCAUUAAUCAUGAGUACUGGAAAUACAAGGUGAAGAAUGUUAGAUGGAAAGUAACAUUGAAGGUGUUGGAAGUGAUGAAAACAUGCGUCUUAUCAAUCUCAUUUUUAGACAAAUUGGGUGUGGCUAUCCAUGAUAUUUUGCUCUCUGAUUCUUCUAUCCACAGUGUAAUCUUUCGACAUGUUUGUACAACUAAACGAACCUUAGAGAACCUUUACGUCAGCCGCCUUGUUGAACCAGUGGAAAUAGAAGGAUUUCAGCUUGCUAUUAGUUCUGCUCUGGACAUUCUGUAUAUCAUGAUCUCCAAAUUUUCUGAGGAUAUCUCGCCCAGUGUUCCUGUCUUUCACCAAGCAGUGCUGUCAUCUUCAACCAAACCGAUUCCUGUUGUUGCAGCUGUUAUAUCCUUGAUAUCAUAUUCUCUCAAUUCUGCAUUACAGGUUGGGGCUGCUAAGGUAUUAUCUAAAUUGUUGAUGAUGGCAGAUAAUUUACAGCCAUAUAUUGCUAGCAAUGUGUGUUUUGGUCUGGAUGAUGAGCAGAUAGCAGAUAUAAGACAUUCUCUGAAAAGUGCAUUAUUUGAUCGGAUGGAGUGGAAUGAAGACCUAUUUGUUGCUAUGGCCAGUCUGCUUAAUUCUGCAGCUCGCCAUCAGCCUCCUUUUCUUCUUGCAAUUUUAGCUCCGAAAGUGGAUAGUGAAGUCCAAUCAAGUAAUACCGCUGGUGUGAAGCAACAAUUGAGUGAAAUUUCCAAUGGUGCUCUGGGAUCCCAGAAAUCAAGUCUGCUUGAUGCACUUAUGCAAUAUGUAGAUAAAGCUGGUGAUUCUAUUAACAGCAAUCCCCGCAUAUUGCUCAGUGUAUUACAUUUCUUAAAGGCAUUGUGGGAAGGGGCUGUUCAGUAUAUUAAUGUUUUGGAGCAUCUGAAAAGCACUAGAACCUUUUGGAAGCAACUCUGUAACUGUAUUUCAGUAGUUACUAGCUUGAAAACUUCUGUGCUUGAAAAUUUGACCAAAGUGGAAGCUCAAAGCUUGGUAUACAAAUAUUGCUGUCAAUCUGCUGUAUUGGAAAUAAUGGCAUAUGAGAUGUUUCUGAAGAAAAAAAUGUUGCAUGCGGAGUCGCUUCUAAAAGAAGCUCCUCAUUCUAAGGGCAACACAGAAAAUGUGGGUGGUACAGAAAAAUUGCAAUCUGCAAGUGAUUUUGAGCUGGAAGAUAUCUUGUCGAGUUGGUGUGAUAGUUCCAUUUUGGGGAACCUAAUGAAGUCAUAUACUUACUGUGAAUAUGACGAUCAAAUUUUUUAUCGUGCAAAGGUUUCUGCAAGUAUGUUCAUUGUCCAUGUGAUUGUGAGGUUAGAAACUGGCAACACUGGAAGUUUAUCUGCAUCAUUGCUUAAGAAGAUCCGUGACACUUUUGAAGAUUUGAAGUGUCAGCCUGCCUUCUCUGAAUUGUUGGCUCAAUACUCAAAACGAGGUUACAGUGAGGGAAAGGAGCUAGAAAGUCUAAUUCUCAAUGAUCUUUAUUAUCAUCUGCAAGGGGAGCUCGGAGGCCGUGAAAUUGGUCCUGGGCCAUUCAAAGAACUCUCUCUAUGUCUGAUUGAAUCAAAAUGUUUGCAGACAUACCAACAAAAGUACAAUGAUGAAUAUUUUGUGCAUGCCAAAAGCAUCUACUUGUAUGAUCUCAAUCAUAUACAAACAGAUUUGGGACUACAUAUGUGGGAUUAUACUGAGUGGAAAGAAUCUAAAACAAUUGCGGAAACAAUGUUGGAUUGCAUGCAGCAAGUGAAUUCAAUGGUUUUACUUUCAACUUCAAAGUUUUCUGCUCUGAAAGCCUUGAUAACUGUGUUGACUUUGUAUGAAGAUAAUUUGCCAGAGAAAAAGGCUAUGGUGAAAAAGGCUAUAGUUGGAGGAAAGAUUCCCCGUCAACUCUGCUUCUCAUGCAUUGAUAAAAUAUGCCAACAUUUUCAUGUCACAGUUCAAUCAUUGACUGCAGUUCUUUAUGCCUCUGAAGAGAUUCUUGAUUUCCUUUCUGCACAAGCAGAAUUGCUUCUCCAUCUCGUAAGAUCAGCCCAAGGCAACUUGUCUUUAUCUGCUUGUAUACUAGUUUUGAAAACCUCAGGUUCUGGCCUAAAAAUACUGACUGGCCUCCGUUCAUCCAUUAAUGGGCGUAACAAAACAUUGAAGGUCUUGCUUAUGCUGCUUCUCUUUGCAGUGGAGUGCAGUAAAACUCCAGACAAGGAGUCUGAAGGCUUUGCUGAGAUUUCCAACGUUUGCCUUGGACUAUUGCCUAUUUUAUGUAAUUGUAUUAAUACUGCUGAACAUAGUGGCCUGUCCUUGACUAUCAUUGACUUUAUACUAAGAAGUUUUUUGGCGCCUGGUACUUGGUUCCCUGUCAUACGGACACAUCUCCAGUUGCAGCAUGUCAUUCUAAAGCUUCAAGAUGAUUCUUUUGCAUCAAUUCCAGUAGCAUUGAAGCUCCUCUUGACUUUAGCACAGGUAAGAGGAGGCGCUGAGAUGCUUCUUAAUGCUGGUUUUUUCUCAUCUCUUAGGGCAUUGUUUGACAACCUACUAGGUGGUAGGCCUUCCACAACUGUUGUUAAUAACGAUAGCUUUACAAAGCCAUCUGAGAAAGAAGAAAAGCCACAACACAUUUGGGGUCUUGGCUUGGCUGUGGUCACAGCUGUGAUUCAUUCUUUGGGAGACUCUUACUACUCCGAUCUAAUGGACAAUGUAAUACCUUAUUUCUUUUCAGAGAAAGCUCAUUUGAUUUCUUAUUAUCUUGAUGCACCUGAGUUUCCAUCUGAUAAUCAUGACAAGAAAAGACUGCGAGCACAAAGGACACAAACUUCUUUGAGUGCUCUCAAGGAAACCGAGCAUACCCUCUUGUUUAUGUGCACUCUAGCAAACCAUCGGAAUUUGUGGGUUAAGGCCAUGAAAGAAAUGGAUUCACAGUUGCGGGAGAAAAGUGUCCAUCUAUUGGCCUUUAUUAGCCGAGGAAUUCAUCGUCUUGGAGAAUCUCCCAGCAGAACUGCCCCUCUUUUCUGUCCUCCUAUCUUCAAAGAUGAAUUUGAUUGCUGCAAGAAGCCAACCUUUUUAAAUAUCAGCAAUGGAUGGUUUGCGCUUUCACCUAUUUGUUGUGCAUCAAGGCCCAAACUUUCCACUGUCUCAGUCACCGGUACUGCUCUUGUAAUCAAGAGCCAAUCAACUGAAACUACAAAUACUGUUUCUCCAACAUAUUUCUCAGACAUAGUUGCCUUGCAGAUAUAUAGAAUUGCAUUUCUUCUAUUGGAAUUUCUCUGUUUAGAAGCAGAGGGUGCUCUUAGGAGGUCGGAUGAAGUGGGAUUUAUUGAUCUUGCCCACAUUCCUGAGCUUCCAAUGCCCGAGAUAUUACAUGGCUUGCAGGAUCAAGCAAUUGCUAUUGUUUCUGAACUGUGUAAUGCAAACAAAUCGAAGCAAAUUGAUCCAGAAAUCCAGUCAGUCUGUCUCUUAAUGCUUCAAAUGCUGGAUAUGGCACUAUAUUUAGAGUUAUGUGUUCUGCAGAUUUGUGGAAUAAGACCAGUAUUAGGGCGCGUGGAGGAUUUCUCAAAGGAAGUCAAAUUGCUGUUAAAAGCAAUGGAGGGGCAAAUUUUCUUAAAAGCAUCAGUAAAAUCCUUGAAACAGACAAUAUCUAUGCUCUAUCCCGGAUUGUUGCAAACUGAAGGAUUGGCUUGAAAUACUUUAGUGGACAUUGGCAUACUACCUGCAGUAAGAGCUUCAGAAAGAGUGAAAAUCCAUGUAGACAUACAUGUCUUCAAUUUUUUGUAGCCUUGAAUAUUUUGGCAUUUUCAUCCAUUCCUUUCGUGAUUGAAAGGAGGUCGGUUUUUCCCAUUGGUAACUGGCACGUGCUCACCAAGGAAAGAGGGAAUGUAUAUCUGGAGGUGGCCAUUAUUGUCAUCAUCAGCGGGAAAUAAAUUAAUUGUUUUUUGUA